AAACAAAAAAAUGUGAACGUGUUGUGUGUUGAUAAGUACUUUUUUCCUCGUAAAAAUGCUUUUUCAGUUAUACAUUUUUAUCCAAUCGUGCGUUAAUUAGUUAUAUUUAGUAUUAAGAAGAGGUUCUACCUAAGAUUUCAGAGUAAUAUUGUUUACUUCUCUCAUCUCUGUCAAAAUGCAAUCUCACAGUUUGCAGGAUGACGAAUCUCACUGGAAUUCGAGUGAUAUAGGAAGUUUUGCUUUCGAUUUUGAUGAUAGCCAAGAACCCAUAGGCAGUUCUAGCCCAAUUUCAAGUGGUCCAUCAGCUGGUGUUUCUUUCAAAAGGAGUGAGGUUGAAAGUGAGGUGCCCCUGACCACGCUAAUAUCUGAAAAAAGUAUAUUUUUAUUGAUUUAUGGUGAAAGCAUUGAUGCUGAGAUGUCAAAUAACACAAAGAAUAUAGAGGAGGAAGUUAAGUAUUUAAGGCGGCAGGUUAAGAACCGAUGGCAAACACCUAGUGUCAAAACCACCAUAAGUAGGAUGUUAUUCCAUCAGCCUGUUUCAUUGGAAUUAUUUCGCUCAUUCACAAGUAAAAAAGCACUAUUGGAAGAAGCUAUCAGUGUCGGCGACGGAGAGACCGUCCUUUCUAUUGUUUUGUACCUGAGUAACUCAUUGAAAAAGUCAUUAUUUAAUCAACUGUUGAAAAAAUACCCUGUGGCUGUCAAUCAGUAUGCAAGUUAUUUAUCAACAAAAAUGCAGAUUCAGGAACUGUCUGAUUUGUACAUAAUGUUGGGACGAACAAAAGAUGCUGCCAUCAAAAAUUUUCAGUACGCAUGCCUGAAUUCUAGUCAACAAAUCAGCAGGCUGAGGCACUGUUUGAGUAAUCACUUUUCUGAUAGCCCUGAUAAGCAUAACCUAGAAAACUUCAUCAAAUUAUUAGAAUGGCAGAAGACUGUAAAUCCUGAUUUAUUUAGAAAAUCAGCCAUCGAGUCAUUAACAUAUGCGUGUCAGCACCAUUGGAAUGAUCAAAAAUCAAUCACUUCUAACCCCUCUCAUCUUGUCAAAGAAUUAGGUUUAACAGAGAAGCAAUUGCAAUGGUCGACAGUAAAAGGCCGUGCUGCUAAAAAAUCCUGGGACGACAUCGAAAAUCUCAUCAUUACAAAGACAUGGUUGGGUGGCAAAAGAGUAAAUGCAUACUUGGCCAUUGAAGAUGUUAUCAGAAAACUUCAUGCUGCUGGAGCCCCCUCGGAGGUUCUUCUUAAGUACUUUAAUCUGUUAAGUGAUGUAGAUGCUCGAAUCAGGCUUGCCACAAGUUUGCAGUGUGAUAAAAUUAUUAUUGAUUCGCUGACGUGCCACAGGGAUCAGCAGGCUCUAAUUCAUCAGAAAGCGCAGUCUCCAACCCAUUCCAAAAUCUACUCCCAAGCUGAUAGUGUUCUAAGAUCUUUCGCAACAAAAUGGAAAGGAUAAAGUAAUUCUGUAUUUCACCGGAUUCUACCCUAAGUUGAGAGCUGAACAAAGAAGAAAAUUGGUUGACGCCUCAGAUCUAUUUGUUGCAAUGAAAGGUGAAAAUUCUGUGGAAGAAUGUAAACAGUCUGGUUAUGAUACAUUAAUGCAGUUUGUAUCUACAACUGAAAGCAAUUUUAUCUUCCUAAGAUGCAUUUAAUUCUGUCUGUGUGGGAAUAUUUGACAAAAGCAUGACUUAAGAUACAAAGAUACCUAAGAUAGCUUUUGAUUAAUUGCCACAUCAACUUUCCCAAUUUGUAGAUGGAUUUGAAACUGGAAAUGGUUGUGUCAAAAACAUGAGACCAACCUUGGUAUUCCUCCAUUUUUAUUCUGAGCACUGUGCUUUAUCACUGGAACAAAACUGAAAAAUUAAAGGGACUGAGGGCUGUGCUCAUAUAUUUCCCCGUAACUCUAAUGCCUCCUUAAAAUAUACAUAUGAAAUACAGAGGCUGAGGAAGCCUUCAAGUUUAAGAGAUGCCAUGUGUACUGCCUGUACCUAGGAGUAAAAAAGAGGAGUAAGUAGGAGACAAAAGUAAUUUUUUCCUCUUUUUGAUUCGAGAGGUUUUAUACUCCAAGUUAUUCCAUGUUAAUUUUGGAGGAAUUGAGAUCUCAGCAAUUUUAAGCUGCUCAUUUAGAACUUUUCAUUAAGCACGAAAAGCGCGAAGAAGAACAUUGGUGUACAAUCUGCAGGCUCUCAGCACCAGUUUCAAUGUUCUUUAGCUCAAGUGCCCUGCUUACUCCAUCAAUUGUAAAUCCACUGUUUCCAAAAAUCAUAAAAAUGACCCGUAAUACCAUGAUGACUGCUUUUGACCCUUUUUUUGGCACCAAAUGGAGCAACUUCCAUAUUUUUAAGUACAAAUAUUCUGUGCUUUCAGAGUAACAUUCAGUGUGCUUCUCUGUAUUUGUACCAUUGCAUGAACCGGAGGUUCUGAAUCUAUCAAUUUUAUAUAUCUGUGAUAAAAAAAGACCCCCAAAAUUCCUGUACUUAGUGCAUGCAAAAUCUAUAAUUUAGUUAUUGACCUCUGAUAAUUUUAUAGUAUCAACGUUUUGUAAGGAUGAUGAAUAUAUUUUAUUUGUUUUUUUAUUCAA